UUUCAAUAUUUUAACUUACAAGCUGGCCUGCAGACUGCAAAGCCAGCAUUGCAGCAAGUGGUGGGGCUUCUGGGCAUGAAGGGGCCAUGCUACUGGGUCUCAGCCUCUGGUGUUGCUCCACUCUGGCUGCAGCACACCCAUCUCAACCAGGAUGGUAAACCUGGCUGCCAUGGUGUGGCGCUGCCUCGUGGAGAAGUGGUCCAUGCUGGUCCUGGUCUUCAGGCUCUGGCUGGUCUUCAUCCUUAGCAGCACCUUGAAGCAGGAGGAGAGAACAGUGAGAGUCCGCAUCAGGGCAGUUGUGGCAUUCCAGAUCCUCUUCAUGGCUGUGGAAGAUCACUUCCAAUUGUGCUUGGCUAAGUGCAAGAACUCUUCCAAGAGUGUGAAGCAUGAGAACACCUAAUGGGACCUCAUAGCCAAGUACUACUAGGGAAAGAGCCCACCCAAGCUCUUCCCCAUGUGA